GAAGUUUUACGGCCAGACUACAGUAACAAAAUAUGGAGAAUAUGUCCAGGAAUCGCGUGAUUUUCAUCUCGGUAGUGGUCGGGGUGCUGGGGAUUGUCGUGGGCGUGCUGAUCGGGUACUUCUCCCGAGGAUCGGCCACCGGGGAGUUCGCCGACUUCCUCUCGGAGGGGGACGCGUGGGUCGCCGAGGCGCUGAGGGACGAGAUCAGCGCUAAAAACAUCGAGGAAAACUUACGGUACUUGACGUCAAAACCACAUCUCGCGGGAACGCCCGAGGGCAAGGCCUACGCUGAUUGGGUGGUGCAGAAAUGGCGGGAACAGGGCUUGGACGACGCUUACGUCACCGAUUACAACAUCCUACUGUCCUACCCGGACAGGGACAGCCCCAGCUACAUAGCACUGCUAGAUGAAAACGACAGGGAGCGGUUCCGGACGGCCGUGUUUGAGGAGGCUGUUGACGCGGAGACGGAGCAGUGGCUGUCGUCCAUCGUGCAGCCCUUCAACGCCUACUCCGCACCCGGCACUGUGCAGGGAGAUGUGGUGUACGUGAACUACGCACGCGUGGAGGACUACGAGCGCCUGCGGGACCAGCUGGGCAUUGACGUCACGGGGAAGGUCGUCAUCGCGCGCUACGGGAAGAUAUUCCGGGGAGAAAAGGCGAAAUACUCGCAGGAGUUCGGUGCUGCCGGCCUGAUCCUGUACACGGACCCGGAGGACACGGUCGGGAGCGGCGGGGAGGCGGACAUGUACCCGCGCGGCUGGUACCUGCCGGGGUCAGGUGUGCAGAGGGGAAACAUCCUCAACAGCGCAGGCGCGGGCGAGCCGCUAACACCGGGGUACCCUGCUAAAGACUACAUGUUCCGGAUUGAGCAGAACGAGACAGACGCGCUGGCGAGGAUACCCGUACAUCCCAUCGGCUACAGCGACGCCUGGCACAUCCUCAAUGCGAUCGGAGGCCCGGCCGCACCGGCAGAGUGGGCGGGAGGACUUAACAUCACCUACCGCCUGGGACCAGGCUUCGACUCGGCAAGCUGGGCUCGGUCCAUAAAGAUGAACAUCAGCGUGCGGAACGAGCGGAGAGACAUCUUCAACACAGUCGGGGUCAUCAGGGGGAGAGUCGAGCCAGACCGUUACGUGAUCAUGGGAAACCACCGGGACUCCUGGACUCUGGGCUCGGUGGACCCGACGAGUGGCACCGCCGUCAUGGUGGAGGUGACCCGGGCCUUCAUGGAGAUGGUCAAACGAGGCUGGAGACCGCGGAGAUCGCUGAUGUUCUGCAGUUGGGACGCAGAGGAGUAUGGGCUACAUGGAUCCAUGGAGCACGUAGAGGAGUUCCACAGAAACCUGGCGUCGAGGGCGGUUGUCUACAUCAACAUCGACACAGCAGUCAUGGCGACCUACACGUUGCGACCCAAAGUAUCCCCGUCGGCCCGACAGGAAUUUAGGGAAGCCACCAAACGGCUGCCAUGGCCGGAAACCGUCCCAGAAGGCACCACGAUGUACGACGUUUGGCGCAAGCGCAGUCCCAAUGACCCGGACGACCCGGAUACACAACCAAGAAUCGAUCUCCUGGGCUCAGGAAGCGACUUUGCCGGCUUCGUGCAUCGGGUUGGGGUGUCCUGCAUUGACCUCGGCUACACCUUUGACACUGCUCUCGGCGUGUCGAGCUACCCCCUGUACCACACCGGGUACGAGACCUUUCAUCUCCAAGCCGACAUCAUCGACCCUGGGUUUAAGUUCAACCGCGGGAUCGCCCAGCUGGCGGCUGACCUGAUCAGGGGCUUCGCUGACCCCGUCAUUCUGCCCUUUGACCUGAUGGAAUAUGCUAAUUACCUGGGGGUCAUGCGCUCUGACCUGCAGGCGGAGUACGGAACUGAUCUGACCAAUCAUGGCAUUUCCUCAGACUCUCUGGACUCGGCCAUCCGAAACUUCACAGACGCCGCCCAAGCCUUCCACAGCCGGCUGCAGGGCAUCGACAAGAACAAUCCGUUCGAAGUGCGCAUGUUCAACGAUCAGCUGAUGCAGUUGGAGCGCGCCUUCAUCGACCCGCUAGGCCUGCCGGGAAGACCCUUCUACAGACACACCUUGAUGGCGCCCAGUAAACACAACAAGUACGUGUCGGACCCCUUCCCCGGUUUGACAGACACCAUCUUCGAUGCCGAGCGGUCGGCAGACCCGGCACCCGCCUGGAGGGAGGUGGCCAAGCAAAUGUCAAUCAUCGCCUUCAACAUCCAGUCAGCGGCCAGCACCCUGAUGAUGCCAGCCUAACUGUCAUAUGCGAGGCUAGGUCCAAUCGUAGGAAAACACUAUUCAUAGCACCCAAAUGACGCUGGUGUCGCAGCAAGCAAAUUGAUGUAGUAUGUGUACCUUCACAUGGUAUAGUUUUAGCUUCCCUCACAGACUUCAAACGCGGCUGGUUUUUAUUUUAUGGCCUUGGUUCGCGAUGUUUCACGUUGGCAAAGUUUUUCUGAUGCCGCGAAAGGCAGUUUGCCGUGGAAGGGAGGUUGCCUACUCUCCAAGCAGAGUUUUCUGUACAAGAUACAAUACAAAAUAGAAAGCCCAAUAAAAACGACUAAAACGUUUUAAAAAAACAGCCGGAGCCUAACCUCUGCCUGGAAAGUAGAGUUUGCCUAAAAAGUUUGUUUGCCGCGAAAGGGACCCCCCCCCCCCCAUGAAAUAAAAGCCAGCUCGCUCGAAGUCAGCGAGUAGUAACGGCAUGAAUUUUAGUUGCAGACGUUGAAAUGGGGCAACUCAAGGAGUAGCAAAUGGAUUUUCAUAGUUUUCACCUGCCAAUAAUUUAGAUGAAGACCAACAUUAUUAUAUGUAAGUUAUGCAAACUAAUAUAAUUUGCAUGAUCAAUGAAUGAGGAAGAUGCAUACAGUAUAUCAUUUGAUAGGGAUUGACAGGAAUUUCAUACUCAUCACAAAGGAAACUCGGUUCGAGAGGAACAUUUGUUGUUGAUAUUUGCAACAUGUGCAAUUUGAAGAAAGAAAAUAAAGUGACA